AUGGCAUUCUCUAGCCCCUUGUUGACGGUUUUGGCCCUGGCCUUGCUCCCGGCAUCAACUUUGGCGCAGAAUGAUCCGGUCAACGACUUUUGCCGUCGCUUUGGGCACCAGACCGCUGUCGUCGAUAACAAGCUCUUUAUCGAUGGCGGCCUUGUGAAUUGGAAUCCACUUUCAUCUUUUCCAGCCAACUACUCAAAUACAUGGCUUCUAUACCAAGAUCUGUCUUCAUCUACGGCUUCGGGGAUGCCCCCCCUUUACGCCAAUCUCUCCAAGAAUGGAUCAAUUCCUAACGUCGCCGGCGGUGCCCUUUGGUCUGACAAUGUCAACAAGCGACUCUAUCUGUUUGGCGGGGAACGCAAUGCGGGGGAAUCGCCUAUGCCCUUCAACCUAUACGGCUAUGAUAUCCUGAAUAAUCAAUGGGAUUCUUUCGGCCCAUCUCGUACGGGGGCUUCGAUAUCAAAGGUUAGCUACGGCGCGGGAGUCUCUGUCGAUACGCGCGGCGAAGCAUAUUACUAUGGUGGAUGGUUGAGCAACGCCUCCGUUCCUGGAUGGGGCACUGGUCCGCCAGUCGCAACGACCGGCUUGGUGAGAUACACCAUGGAUACCAAUAGCUUUGCCAACAACACUGGUCCUGACAAUGUACGACGUGCCGAGGGCAGCCUGCAUUACAUCCCCGCUGGAGACGGCGGAAUGCUCAUCUACUUUGGGGGCAUACAGGAUCUGGCUGGCAAUGGAAGUUCUACCAUUGGCCAGCCCAUGGACCAGAUAUUCAUAUACGACGUGCUCAGCAGCAAGUGGUACACGCAGAAAGCCUCAGGUGAUGUUCCUGGAAUGCGACGACGAUUCUGCGCGGGCGUAACUUGGGCAGGAGACCAGUCGUCCUACAAUAUCUACAUGUACGGCGGCGCCAAUGUUCCAGGCGUGCUGGGCGCGGGAUUCGACGAUCUCUACAUCCUCUCGAUCCCAACCUUUACCUGGAUCAAGAUGUACCCCAUCGGCCGCAACGGGACAGGAGACUACCCUCACCAUUCAAUGUCCUGCAACAUCGUACCUGGCCGUGCGCAAAUGAUUAUCUCGGGUGGCACGUUUCCGCUCUCCCAAGACUGCGAUUCGCCCGGGCAGUGGGGAACCCACAACGCGGACCUCGGGAAACAGAAUGCCGGCAAGGUUGUCUGGGAGUUAUACAAGCCCAACAAGACAACAUACGCCGUACCGGACGAAGUCAUUGCCGUAGUAGGAGGCAACGGCAACGGCGGCGCUACAAAGACUGCACCGGCGGCUGGUUUCGACUACACCGACGUCAGCCUCCUCAUCACGCUCACGGCCAGUAUUCCGAGCCGUACGCCGACGAGAGAUGUCGGCAGUACCGGUACUCCUGCUCCCACAGGAGGCCUAUCUACAGGUGCCAUCAUUGGCAUCGCGAUAGGAGCUGCAGUUCUAGUCGGCGCCAUCGCCUUGGGAUGCUUCUUCCUGGUCCGUAAGCGUCGGUCAGACCGAUUCCACACCGGAGCAUCGCCGCCAGGACCAAGCCACGUAUAUCACGCCCAGAGCAUGUCAGAAGCGUGGUCACCACCCGCGGCAUCGCCUUACUCACCACCAUACGGACCUUCUCCAUUCACGCCUCCUCCCCUGUCCGCACAUCCGCAAUCACCGCACCCAAUGUCCGCGCACACGGUGCCGCCGCACAUGGGCCCGCCGGUAGAGCUACCUUCCGAGCCGUCAUACACGACUACACCAGCGGCUCUCGCGGGCACGACGACGCUCACAAACAUAUCGUCCACGGCGUCGUACCCGCCGCAGCAGGCGUACUUCCCUGAGACGACGACGCUGCUAAAUCAGCCGCAGUACGACGCCCACGGCAACAUGUGGAUGCCGCAGGUGAGCAUGGUGCAGGUCGCCACCGGGGUGAGCCCGCCGUUGCCCGAGUACACGCCGGCGAGGGGCGACCAGAAGACACCGCAGCCGACGGCGGCCGAGGUACGGCACGAGCCGCCGCCGCAGGAGCCGCAGGAGCUCAGUGCGGACCCGGAUGACCGUGCGGAGAUGAGUACGAGGCAGGAACACCAGACGUACUAUAACAGAUGA